ACAUGCGCAGUAGCUUCAUCUGUUAUGAAACACGUUACAGUAGUAGGGCACAGGAGGAACACAGAGGGAUUCUCGGGCAGAGGCUGCUGGCACGUACCCGAUACCCAUCGCUGAUCCGGACUCCUACAGGACCGAAGAAAUGCUUCUUUCUCUGGGCUUGAGAUAAACAUCACUCCCGGGAAGCCAGCACAAGAACACGAUGGCCCCAAAUUCCAUCCACUGGUUCCGUAAGGGACUGCGCCUCCACGACAAUCCGGCACUGCGGGAGGCGGUGCGGGGGGCUGGCACCGUGCGCUGCGUUUACUUCCUGGACCCGUGGUUCGCAGGCUCGUCUAACGUCGGGGUCAACAGGUGGAGGUUUCUGCUCCAGUGUUUGGAGGAUUUGGACGCAAGUCUCCGAAAACUCAACUCCCGCCUUUUUGUCAUCCGGGGCCAACCAGCAAACGUUUUCCCGCGCCUCUUCAAGGAGUGGAAGAUUUCGCGGCUGACCUUUGAGUACGACUCGGAGCCGUUCGGGAAGGAGCGGGACGCCGCCAUCAAGAAGCUGGCCAUGGAGGCGGGGGUGGAGGUCAUCGUCAAGAUAUCACACACACUCUACGACCUGGACAAGAUCAUCGAGCUGAACGGCGGACAGCCUCCUCUCACCUACAAGCGUUUCCAGACGCUGAUAAGCCGGCUGGACCCGCCCGAGAUGCCGGUGGAGACGCUGUCGGACGCGCUGAUGGGCGGCUGCGUCACGCCCGUCUCUGAGGACCACGGGGAAAAGUACGGCGUCCCGUCGCUGGAGGAGCUGGGUUUCGACACUGAGGGCCUCCCUUCAGCUGUGUGGCCUGGAGGAGAGACUGAAGCUCUGACUAGGAUAGAGCGCCAUCUGGAGAGAAAAGCGUGGGUGGCGAACUUCGAGCGUCCCCGGAUGAACGCCAACUCGCUGCUGGCCAGCCCCACCGGCCUCAGCCCCUACCUGCGCUUCGGCUGCCUCUCCUGCCGCCUCUUCUACUUCAAACUCACCGACCUCUACCGCAAGGUGAAAAAGAACAGCUCUCCUCCGCUCUCGCUGUACGGACAGCUACUGUGGCGCGAGUUCUUCUACACCGCGGCGACCAACAACCCGCGCUUCGACAAGAUGGAGGGAAACCCCAUCUGCGUCCGCAUCCCGUGGGACAAGAACCCCGAGGCGCUCGCCAAGUGGGCCGAGGCCAAGACCGGCUUCCCCUGGAUAGACGCCAUCAUGACUCAGCUGAGGCAGGAGGGCUGGAUCCAUCACCUGGCCCGGCACGCCGUGGCCUGCUUCCUCACCAGAGGAGACCUGUGGAUCAGCUGGGAGGAAGGGAUGAAGGUUUUCGAGGAGCUGCUGCUGGACGCAGACUGGAGUGUGAACGCGGGCAGCUGGAUGUGGCUGUCCUGCAGUUCAUUCUUUCAGCAGUUUUUCCACUGCUACUGCCCCGUGGGCUUCGGCCGGCGCACCGACCCCAACGGGGACUUCAUCAGGCGGUACUUACCUGUCCUCCGAGGUUUUCCCGCCAAGUACAUCUACGACCCCUGGAACGCCCCGGAGUCCGUUCAGGCGGCAGCCAAGUGUAUCAUCGGAGUCCAUUACCCAAAACCCAUGGUGCACCACGCGGAGGCCAGCCGGCUCAACAUCGAGAGGAUGAAGCAGAUCUACCAGCAGCUGAGCCGAUACAGAGGCCUGGGACUGUUAGCUUCUGUCCCGUCCACAAACGGGAACGGAAACGGAGGAAUGAUGGCCUACUCUCCUGGAGAGCAGCAGUCAGGGACCAACAGCAACAAUUCACAUUUGCCUGGAGUGUCAGGAAGCUCGGUGGCCACAGGGAACGGCAGCGGGAGCAUUUUAUUUAACUUUGAUAACGAAGAGCAGACGGGGCCCAGAAGCGUUGGGCAACAGCAACAGCAGCGACUUCACACAUUGCCACAGAGCCAACAUCAGCAGCAACAUGCAGGAUACCACUCAGUGCCAGACGCCAGCCAGAACAUCACCAGCAGCCGACUCUAUCAUGAGUUUGCUGUGCCUCAACACCCAGGCCUCUUCCUGCACACCAGGGGCAGCGGCAUCACGGGAAAGCGAGAGCGCGAGUCGGAACGGGAAGCGUUGGGGGAAGAGGAGCCGGCGUCCUGCUCUGUGAACAAAAUGCAGAGACAGAGUGCAGAGACAUCUUAGGCCUGGUGGAGACGAGGCGGUUUGAAAACACGUCAGCAUCGCCGUCCUGUCGGAUGUUUGAGGGAAAACCCAACGUCGCCUCCUGAGCUCCAUCCGACACGACGACCUGCCUGUCGAUCUCAGCGCACCACAACUGUGUGUCUGUUUUUUGUUUUUCAAAGCUCCCAGAGGUUUAAACACAAGGGUGGAAAUUUUUCCACAAUUUUUCAUUUUUUUUUUUUUUUUUUUAAGAAAUUGGUUCUUUCAGGUGGGACAGCAUGAAAAGAAUGUGCAGAACGCCUCAAACCCACAUCUUGGUUAAAAUGUUUGCAAAAAAAAAAAAGUUUAAUUAAGAAAAAUAAAAAAAAACACGUAAUUGUCUUAAAACUGCUGCCACCAGCCAAUAUAAACUGUACAGGUUCUGAAUUGCAGCUAUAAUUGUGAUAAUGGAUUUAUUUUUUCUCCCUCUUCCUGUAAAACUACCUAAGACACUAAAUCCCACCCAUCAGUUUUACAUAUUCACAGCAAAAUAAUGCAGUUUUUAUAUUUGUUUUAUGCAGCGGAGCAAAAAAAUAGUUUAUUUUAUUUAAUAAAAAUGUGGAGAUCUAAAAAUGAAGGACAGUUUUCAUGGAAAUGUACAGAACUCUGAGGGUUUUUGUUCUUAAAUCAAUAAAAUGUAAGUUUUGACAGAGACAACCAGGCAGGUACUUUCAGGGACUUUAUAUAAAUAAUCCAAGUGUUUUCUCAGUUCACCUGUUGCUGGUUUGCAUUCAUUUGAGGUCCAACUGGUUGUUUUUCUGUUUUGUUUUGGGUUUUUUAAGUCUGCCGCUGCCUGCUUGGUGUAAGAGAUUAUUUGUUGGCAGACUGAAGGUUUCUUUUUGUCUGGAGGUUUUACGUCACAAAGCACAGGAAUCUAAUUACACAACGUGUAGCGAAGCACCUCAGACCAGCUCCAACUUGGAUUGUUUUUACUGCAGAAGCUUUUAACUUGGUUGUUUAUGCUGCAAAAAAAGAAAAAAAAAGAAAAAGAAAAACGUUUUAAAGAUGUGAAAUUUUCUGUGGAAGGUCUUUUAGGGUUUCUUUACUUUUGUUUUUUAUUUAUUCUCAUAGAUGUCAUGGUGAGUCACUCACAUCACAAACAAUAACUAUAAAAAGAUUUGUAAAUAUGGGUUUAGUUCAGUGAAAAGCAGUGAUAAUAGAUUAUUUCAAAGCAGUUUAAAAAGCUAUUCAAAUGAAAUACCUGGCAGCCAAUUUAAUUAUACCUUUGAUCAAUCUUUGAUCAAUCUUUGACUUUUCCUUUCACCAUGCCACUAUUAUCCUCACACCAUCUCUCUUCAUGUCUACACCUUCUCCAAAUCUCUCAUCAUAGCAGCUGUAAACUUUUUCUUUUUCUCCAGCAGCUGUCUCUUACGUCGCCUCCGAAACUCUUUUCCCUCGUCUUUCCCCCACCUGCACUCACCGUCACCAGCUGUUAAUCUGUUUAGACUCAUCACCAUUUGUCCUGUUAUUCCUGACUUUCAGUCUCCUUCCACCUGCUUGCUGGACUCUCCCAGGAAAACAAUUACAAUAUUUUCAGCAAACGUCAUAAUGGUUAUUGCGGUAGAAAUCUCCCAGCCCUUUAUCUUGUCUGUUUUGGUUUAUUUACCAACUUGUUUACUUAAGCUGACGUGACGUAGAGAAGAUCAUUUUAUCAUCUGAAGUCACAGUGAAUAAAACAAAUCAUAGCAGCUGGAAACUUCACUUUUUUCCUGCAGAUAUCCUGAAACUUUUCUCCAUCCUCUCUCUUCUCUCACCAUUUUCAUGCUCUGCCUCUUGUCUUGAUUGGUCGACUCGAUCUCCUUACACUCCUCCAUUUUUUGUCCCUCUCCUCUCUUCUUCCUCCCAUUCAAACACAUGAAUUUUGUCCUGGUGCCACUGACUUUCAUUCUUCUUCUUCCUCCUAUUUUCUGAACUCUCCCCCAAAAAAAUCACAUUAUCAUUGGCAAACAUCACAAUUGUCAUACUAUGAAUAAAUGAAAAUCCAAGUCCUUGUCUGUUUUAGUUUGCUUACACCGGUUUACGUGAGGUUUCCAGGGCGUGGAAAACUAUUUUAUCUGAAAUCUCAUCCAACACUCAACAAAAUACAUCAGAAGCUUCUGCAAACUUUCACUUUGCAUUCCUGCAGGUAUUUCUGUCCUGGAUCACUUCUGAAUCCAGGACAGAAAUAUCUCGUCUCUCUUUCUUCCCUCUACCUUCACUGGUUGAUCCCGUCUGCUUAACACAUCCAUCAAAGACUUUCAUUCCUUUUCUCGACUCCCACCUAAAAUUACAAUAUCAUCUGCAAUCCUCGUAAUCAUCACAUUGAGAAUAUAUAGAAACACAGUUGGAUGCCUCUUCUAUUUUUUUGUUUAUUUAUAGUGAUUUACAUGAGCUUACAAAUAACAUAGUAAAACACUUUUAUCAACUGAAAUCACUCUAAAUAGUGAGCAAAAUAUAUAAUAGCUGCCAAAUUUCCCUUUUUAUUUAUGGCAUCCAUCAUGUCUGAAAUUCUUUAACAAAAUUCUUAAACUUUUUCAUUUUCUGUCUCUCUUCCUAUUCAAACCCUUUAAUUCUGUUUUGCUUUCACUGAUUUAUUAUUUUUCCACCUGCUUUCCGGAAAAAAAUAACGAUAUCAUCUGCAAAUGUGAUAAUGGUGAUAUUAGGAACACAUGAAGUCACAGUCAGGUACCUUGUGAAUUCUCUGUUUCCUCACACUGAUUCAUGUGAUCAUCCCGGUGACACAGUGAAAAUGUUUGCAUCAUCUGAAGUCAACAAACUGAGGUCAGACGACCUGCAACUCUGGAGUUUCUAUGAGUCAUAAAAACACUUAAAACUGCAGAUUUCAAUCAAAAUAAGCCUUUUCUGUGUUUACAUGGUUUUCCACAGAUUGGUCAACAUUGUCUUAAACUGACUUCCUGCUCUCACUUUUCUUUUUGAUGUGAAACUAUUGUAGGCCCAUUGUAUGGUUAGAUUAGAGUUUAUUGUGUUUUAGACUGUGUAGCUGUUUAAAUAAAUCCCUUUCUCUGGUUCGUGUGGUUCAGUCGGGACCACUUGAAUGUUAUCGCCCUGUACUUUGAUUGUACCACAUUGCAGAUUUUCUUCCUUUUAUUCUUAUUGUUUUUGGUGUGGACGCCCACUAAUGGCAUAAAAACGAGUCACAACAUUUCCCCCUUUUGCUUUUUUCUUUGUUUUGGAGAAAAGUGUUCAGACUCAGCUGUAAAUAUUAAUUAGCUUUAAUCUUUGCUGUCCCAGUUAAUCAGACACAUGCAGUCUGUUCUGUUUGACCGUCUACAUAUUUAUCUUAAUUGUUCCUAAAUUAUUGUUCACAAACCCAAUGUCUCUGUGGUUUUUCCACCUCAAUGUAAUAUUGUUACAGUAUUGGUGAUUUAGUGCUUCAAAGAUUUUUAUUUAAACUUACACAACCAAAUAUGUAAAAAAUUAUUUUGAUUGAGUCAGUAACAUUUCUCCCUCCAAAGUCUCAAUUUGUUUAAAAAUAACAACUUCAGAGGAUUUGACUUUUGAAAUAAAUCAGUUCAUCUGAGGGCUUAGAAGACAAGCAGGCGCUUUACAAAAAUUACUACUUUUUUUUUAAAGAUUUCAUAUAAAAAGUCAAUGAACAAAAAGAUGAAAGCAGUAAGUUGAGCUAAAAUAAAAUAAGUGAUUGUGUUUAAAUGAGCUUAAUUCUGUCAGAAAAGCUGAAACCGACAUUCCUUAGAAUAAAUCAGAUCCUGUCUGAAGGAUUUCUACUCCCAGAGAAGAAGUUAAACCACAUAUGAACACAUGGCUUCUUGUCUCAUUGUGGAACCAAGAAUUGUACAAAACUGUUCAUUUAAAACGUAGAUAAAGGCAGAAAACUGUUGUUAAACAUUAGAAAGAUGCAGCUGGUCUUCUGUAUUCGCCCUCCGCCAUCAUUUAUUUACGUCUGUCGGGUUGAUGUAAACCAGAAGAUGUACCAAACCCACUCUGAAUUAUAGAAACCCAUUUCUAUUCACUGUAAUUUAUAAACAAAACAAAGGAUUGAAGAAUUAAACCUCAGUGGGAAGAUGAAGCUGAGUAGAGAGCACAAGCGUCUGGAGAACGUGUUCGGUUUGCGUGCAGCAACAUCCGAAAGACAGAUGAAGUGACUAACUGAUGACAACUAUAGUACGUCAACCCCCAUUAUUCUGAUAAAUGAUCCCUACGACACUUUUCAAACCGUGCACAUUUCGAUAAGCAUCUUGGAUUACAGUGAAGAUAACUUCCCACCCACAACUCUAAAGUACAAAAAUAAAUGCAGAACGUUAGAUAUUUGUCAUGUUUAGACAGGAAAAAACUGAUCAAGUCUCAACCUGAGACCAGUCCCGGUUUUGUUUUACAUAAAAUGUGGGACAAAUAAAAGCAAGAGUCAAGUUACUUUGGAUUGGCUCUAUUCAGAUAAAUCGUGCUCUCCUGGCUCUGAACUGAACCAAAUCUGAACCAGAAGCACCAACCGACGUUUCCUCAUUCCAAGCAUCCUAAAAAAAACCAGAUAACUGCAAAAUAACUUCAACGCUUCAUUGAUGGGAGAAGUGAAGCGUUUUGUUGUAGCCAAAGUCUUCAUGAUGACUUUGGCGUUUCUGCUCUCCUAGGAAAGCUCUGGUGACUCGAGUCUCUGUACAGUUCUUGAUGUUUGUUCAUCUGUGAUCAGGCUGCCUGCAGCUUCAGGAGUAACGUAGAGCAGACGGGUGGACAGGUGGACAGGUGGACAGGUGGAUGGAGGCGAUGUUAAGAUGUAGAGUUAUAAAAAAGAUUUAAACAUUAUUAGGUUUGUAGUUUUUAUCACAAUAGUGAAAGCAAGUUGAGCCAAGUUUUUAUUCCUGAUUUUAUUUCCCAUUAUUAUUAUUAUUAUUAUUAUUAUUAUUAUUAUUAUUAUUAUUAUUAUUAUUAUUGUCUUUUUGUUUCCUUCUGUGACAGGAAGGUGAAAAAUUCACCAUCUGUCCUUUCUGUAAGUACUGUGUUCUCUCUGUUUCUCCUGGUAUAGUGAAAGGUUUUUCUUGUGCUUGAUCGAGUUGAAAUGGGGAAUUAAAACUGCUACAACUUGA